UCUUGCUUCUUACUGGAGAGCCUAACGUCGGACCUCGUAGACCCUAGCAUGCUGCACACGAGAGACAUUGGAUUGUACCUCCAGCAUUUGAGAUACAGAACUGUAUAAGAAGUACUCAGAUCACCGGCAUACAGCUCUAUCAGCUUCAAUUGCAACACCAACUCACACACUUCAAUCUACAAGAUCAAUUCAAUCCGAAGCAAAAUGUCUCUCUUCACUUUCACUUCCGCUUUUCUUACGGCCGCUGUGGCCGUCACCUCUGCCCAAGCAUCGCCAUUCUCGGGGCUCGACACCCGCUCCUUUAAUGGCCUCAUGGCCCGCGACUUCUCCGUCGAAGAGUGUAAAGACUUUGUCUACGGAAACAACAACGUCUACGUGGGCAAAGUCUGCUAUUCCCUGAACGGCGAGACCUUGACCCUUACUUACCCUGCUCUUCCCGCCCCGGGAAAAUACGAAGAUCUCCAUGUCAUCGUCAAGUCAAGCCCCAUCUCGGCGACGGACCUACCUCAGGGACAUUGGCCAUACACAUAUGGAAACGGAGCCUGCAGCCUUUCAACCGGCAAAUGCACCAUUCCUAUCCAGCCUGAUUGGAAAUGCGGCAAGCCUCUAUACAUCGGUGUUCACGCUGGCUACACCCCCGACGGAGUCGCCCACGAGACUGGCUGGAUGGCGGGACCGUGCAUUGAUGCUAGUCGCAAGGGCAAUUGCCCAAAGUCCACCUCGUUCACUCCCCAGUGCGAGUGCCCAGUGGUAACUAAAUACGAACCCGUUGUUGCUUCGGUUGUAUACAAAAAGACUGUUAUCGAGACCUUCACAGACUACUGCACCAGCUUCCCCGCUGAUGUGGCUACCAAGACUGCCUGCGAUACUCCUUACGCUGCAAUAACGCAAACCAUCUCUACUACGGCAGAUGCUGCAGGCUAUACCUGCUCGGUUCCAACCUAAGGUACUUAGGCCGAGGAUUUUCCGGCACUGUGUUCGUUUGGAGGGUUUGGGGCAACAAAAGAGAGGACGGACCUGGGUGACUUAAUUCCUCAAUGUACUGUAAUCUUCACAUUCCUUGGCAAACUGGGAUUGGUUUCUUGCAAUGAAA